ACGUCUGUAUAGGCUUACGUCAGUAUUUGUUAGCUAUUAGCUAGUCGAAAUAAAACACGUCAGUUUUACGAUCUAUUAUGAAUUAAAAUCAUAUUUAAAUAAUUAUUUAGCACUAUUAAAAGCUCAGUAUAGCACUAUUGCAUUUAAUUAUCACAGAUUGUCCAUUGUAAUCAAGGAUACUUAAGUAUAAAAUUACAAUGAAGAGGAUGGUUUUAAGUGUAUAUAUUAGUGUUAUAUUCUUCUUCACUUCGGUACUUUGUACUGUACAGCCUCCAAACAUAAACCCUGGAAUAUUAAGCCAGUCUAAAUCACUCGGCGAGUGUCAAUCGUGUAAGUUAUUUAUAGAAUCAUUCAAAUCGGGAUUAGAUAGAACAACCCGAGGAAAAUACGAAGGAGGAGAUGCCGCUUGGGAGGAAGAAAAAUUAAAAAAAUCAUACAAACGAAGUGAGAUGCGAUUAGUAGAUAUUCAAGAGGGACUAUGUAAAGAGUCAAAACACUCAAUUCAAUGCCACCAUAUAGCUGAAAAAGCUGAGGAAUUUAUUGAAGAGUGGUGGGCGCAAGAUCCUGAUGAAUCUGUUGAUUUAUUUAAAUAUAUAUGUAUAGACAAGUUACAAGUAUGCUGCCCCAAACACCAUUUUGGAAAAGAUUGCACACCUUGUCCAGGUGACCAUGAUAAUUUAUGCAGUGGCAAUGGAAAAUGUAGGGGUGAUGGCACUCGGAAAGGUAAUGGAACAUGCCUAUGUGAUCCUGGCUAUAUGGGAGAGAACUGCAACCAAUGUUCUUCAGGUUAUUAUUUGUCUUACAAGGAUAACAACAAAAUGUUGUGUUCUGUUUGCCAUCGCUCCUGUAUGGGUGGAUGUAGAGGAGGCACAGCCAAAGACUGUGUUGCUUGUAAAUCUGGAUAUGUUUUUGAUUCAGAUAAAGUUUGCAUUGAUAUAAAUGAGUGUGAAGACUUAAAGAGAUGUAAUGCAGGCCAAUUCUGUGAAAAUAGAUUAGGCUCCUAUGCAUGUAUAGCCUGUGAUAAGUCUUGUAAUGGUUGUCAUGGAGGUGGGCCAGAUUUAUGCAGAAAAUGUGCAAAAGGAUACUCAAAAAAAGGAGAGUUGUGUAUUGCUGACAGAGAAGACGAGGAUCAGUCAGAUACAUUAACUACAACUAGGUACAUCACAUACAUAGGAUUGUUAAUAGCAACAGUAAUAUUACUUCCCAAGUCACCAUCAGUUGGCGGCAUUGUCGGCAUCGCGGUAAUCUCAUAUAUCGUCGGUGCUGAAUACUAUUGUAUGAUUAAUGGUCACGCGGGCCUCGUGAAUAUGAAAGACUUUGAUUUGAUGCAAGUAUUUCGCACUUAGAUUUAGUGAUUUAUGAUGCAAAGUAUAUCUUCCUUUUUCUUCACUCAUGACUAUAGCAUAAAUGAAUGUAUGUUUUUUGUACCUUCAUAGUUGGUAACGCAUAGCUUGGUUCGAUUCUCGGCGAUAUAAUAAUUGUAUCUUAUAGUUAUGGCGCUCGGCAACCUAGUUGCCUAUAAAGAUGUACCAAUUAACUCUACAUUUAUCAACCCCAUGCUCUAAAGGAAUUUAUGCAAUUAAUUUUUUUUCAUAAAUUAUAUUGUUCGUGAAUUGGAAUUAUUUGUUGUGAGUACAAUUUAACACUUAACACUACUAUG